AUGAGCUCGCAGCACCCAAAGGAUACUACCGAGACACCAGACCAGAAGAGCCUCACUGGAAGUCAUAAGGACCCUUUUCAGAAAGAUGAUUCUGAAAGAUCCCAUUCGACUGACCAAGCUGUCGCUCCUACAAUCACAAAAGCAAGACGAAAGUCUCAGCCUGCAGUGUCUCAGUCUACUCUGCAUACAUUCCUCUUGAAAAAGCCCCAAGAGCGGCGCAUGUCCCUUGCAACGGAAAGCGAGUUGCUCGACAGCAAGAACAGAAACAACAAAAAAACCAAACCAAUUGCCAAACCUUCCAACAUCAAUACAUCUAUCGCGCAGAGCAAUCGCAAAUCGAGAAAGUCCAUGUCAGCUAAAUCCAAUGGGACUGAAAGCAUUGAGAACGGAGGCGACCAGUCCCGGGCCACUUCUCGUGCGUCUACCCCGCAUUCCACUCGGAGCGAACGCAAACCACGGAGUACAGCCCCUAAAGGCAGCGCCAAAGCUGCUAAGUCCCACGCAAGAGCAAAGUCUCUAUCUACCCCAGGCAGGCAUGCCACUCCCAGGGCUGCCAAGGGACAAGCCAAUGGUACAACCAAGUCAGCCAUUUUCACAGAAGACUCUAUUUCGACCCCUAAAAGCUCGGCGACUAGAUCUCGACAUGGAGAUCGAAAGCCCAGUACAAAGCCGCAGAGUAGUCUCACAAGCCAAAUCGAUGACACUCCGUCGCAGUCAACUCCCAACUCGAAGCCCAAUGUUCAGACUAGCGAAUCCAUCGACUUUCAGACAGCAAAUACGCAAAGCCCGAGACCUAAAAGAAACGCAAAGAACUCUGUAACUGACACGAUGACCCCUGACGUACAUCAAAAUUCACUGUCUACCCCUAGAGUUCCUACCGAACUGUCUCACGCUCGUGAAAUCGCUGACAGCGUUGAUGGCACCCCAGUUCAUGCUGACAAGGAUCCUUUGCACUUCGACUAUGAGCCGGAAAUGUACGGGAGCAGCUUUGGCCUCGACGCUCAAACUGAUGCUCCGGCUUCGCCUACAAGCUUUUCUACGAGUACAUCAACCGCUGCGCGGGCCUCGAGGCGAAACCGGAAGCCCACGACCAAGGCUUUGGAGUCCCGCGAGUCGGAGAAACGGUUCCGCCGAACAAGGGCAGCCUCUGUCAAGGCGGAAUCAACUUCUGGCGAGGGACUGGGGGAAAAUGCUGGCAACCAACAGGCCAGCGCGCACCAGCCAUCAGAGCUGACACAGUCGGGACUAACAUUGCAUGCCCCUCAGCAGCCAAAUAUGUCCGCGCUUGGCAAACGGCUGUAUGAGAUGGUUGCGACUGCUGUUUCGGCGGACUUUGUACCGGAUCCAGGUGCUGAUGCCAAGCUCAAGCAGUUGCGGAGAGAUUUUUGGGCGAAGAGGGGUGUAGUGAGCUCGGGGGAGCCGGUGGGAGCGAGGGUCGGGGGCGAAAGUAUGCCAAACUCGAGCAAGCCAUCUUUUCUGGACCGUUCGCAAAUUUCGAAGCUGUGGACUGACGAGGACGGUUGGAUGCAUACAGGUCGUAUCAAUGAGCAUGGAGAGGAGUACAUUUUCGUCUCCUCAGACUUCGAAUGCUAUCGGCCGUACAACACAUACGGCGAUGCAGAGCUGCCUCAGCCCCCGGUGCGGUUCAAGGCUCGCGAGCAAGUCGAGAAGGACCGCAUCUUUGGCUAUCCACCACGCAUUGGGGAGCGCAAUCUUCCUCGACAAAACCUCCCUUUCGUUUUUGAGGAUAUUAACAGAGAAAAGGCGAAGAUCAAGGCCCGCGAGGAUGCUCGCCAAAGGGGUAUCCCCAUCGAGCGUUCCUUGUCGGUCGCCGAGAUCGAGGCUUUGAUUGCCCAGCAUGACAAGUCUGGAGCCUCAAGCUUAGCGGCCACCCCAGACACCUCGGCUGCCCGGGGAGCGAAAGCAGUCCAAAAGACUGCCGGGGGAUCCCGCAAGCGACGGCGCACAGAGCCCGUCAAGAGCUCACUGAAUGACAGCACGACCGAGAGCGCACCGAGAUCGACCAAGCGCCGUCGGGGUGCAGCGGCGGCUGCCGCUGAAACACCCACGUCCUCUGACAAGCCCAAAACGCUGAGGCUCCGUUUGACUUUUUCGAAAGCGGCGGCAGCGGCGGCAGCAGCAGCUACCGGAAGUCCGAAUGGGUCUUCCAGUAAAUCAGAAAAGCGCACAGAUGCUGCGACGGAGGACGCAACAUCCAGGCCGGAGGGACAGAUUGUGGGAGAAAAAUCACCAAAGAAGCGGAAACGUUCGGCAUCUGAGCCUGAGGCCUCGAUCCAGCCCAGCACUUUGACACAAUCUACCAUUGCCCAUGACGCUAAGGAUGGCGGGGAUACAAUUCCAGCUUCUCCUACCGGAACCUCGGCCAGUGCCAUUGAGAGCUCCAACUUAACCCCGGGCGGACGCCCCCGUCGUCGCGCAGCAGCAGCUUUGAUGGCAGAAUUCCACAAUCAUGCUGAGGAGAGAGCUCGUCGCGCAAACGCACGCAGGAAAGCCACGCCUGCUUCUGAGGGCCAUGACCAUACCACUGGACAAACGGCUGAAUCGGUGAAGAGCACUUAA